ACCGCACUGUCCCGCUGGUUAGUGUCAGCGGUGGGAUCAGACCGCGUUCCCAACUGCUAACCCAGACCCAGGGCCCAGACCCGAUGGAAACUCUCUUCUGGAAGAAAAUGGCCUCUCUUCUGUUGCCUGCCUUUUGCUUUUUGAGCGGAGCCGGGUGUACAGCCGGAUGGGCGGUCCCUGAUUUUGGCAACAUCUACCACGUCUCAGGGGUUAUCAACCUGCCGUUCGCUGAAAUCCAGGAGCCCUUUGAAGCCUGGUACAACCUGACAGGAGCGAAGAGCCGGAUCCAGUACUACCAGGGGCAAGUGGUCACCUUCCAGUAUGGGGCAGAGAGGCCGUUUGGUGCCCUCUACAAGAUCACCCCAGAGACCACGGAGCUGGAGCUGAACGUCCGGAAGUGCUUCCGGAUCAGCGGCCGCCCUGGGAAGCGCGUCUAUCCACAGAGCAUCUUCCCCAAGCUGGACGCCUUCAAGCCUGUGCGGGAGGAGUCCUACAAAGGGCAGCUCUGCACCGUGUGGCAGAACGUGUCCUACUGGGGCCAGAAGAAGAACGUUUACACCCUGUGGGUGGCCAGCUCCGCUGACGGCCCCGUGCCCGUCCACUAUGAGAUGCGGGGCUUCAACAGCCUGCUGGGCUCCCACUACGACAAGUACGAGAUCGACUACAGCAACUUCACCCGCAGCUACCCGGCCAAGGUCUUGGACCUCCCAAGCGGCAUGGAGUGUGAGUUUCCUCCAGGAGACGGAGUGGAGCAUCGUAUCCUCGCCAACCCCAUGUGGGAUUUCGUGGACAGGCAGGCGGAUCGAGGCCGUCAGCUUUUCCAUCACUACCGGCGGGAGUACAGGAAGGAGUACGGCAGCGAGAAGGAGCUGGAGCGCAGGGCACAAACCUUCAUUCACAACAUGAGGUACGUCCACUCCAAGAAUCGGGCCAACCUGCCCUACAAGCUGGCGCUGAACCACCUGGCCGACCGCACCCCGGAGGAGAUGGCCGUGCUGCGGGGGCGGCUGCAGGACCCAACUCCCCACAACGGGCAGCCGUUCCCACUGGCACCGUACGCUGGCAUCAUCCUGCCCGAGAACCUGGACUGGAGGCUGUACGGCGCAGUGACCCCAGUGAAGGACCAGGCCCUGUGCGGCUCCUGCUGGAGCUUUGCGGCUGUGGGAGGAUUAGAAGGUGCCCUGUUCCUCAAGACCGGAGUGCUGACCCCCCUGUCUCAGCAAGCCCUGAUCGACUGCUCCUGGGGCUUCGGGAACCACGGCUGCGAUGGCGGCCUCCCUUGGCGGGCCUUUAAAUGGGUCAGGAAGCACGGCGGCAUCCCGAGCGCCGAGGCCUACGGGCCGUACAGGGGCCAGAACGGAUACUGCCACUACAACUCGUCUGAGCUCCUCGCCAACAUCACGGGCUACGUCAACGUCCCGGCCGGCGACGUCGCCGCCCUGAGAGCCGCCGUCUUCAAGAACGGUCCCGUGGCCGUCAGCAUCGACGCCUCUGCCAAGUCGUUCAUAUUUUACUCCAACGGCAUCUACUACGAACCCCAGUGUGGGAAUACCAGCAGCAGCUUGAACCACGCGGUGCUGGCCGUGGGCUACGGGGUCCUGCAAGGGGACGGCUAUUGGCUCAUCAAAAACUCCUGGUCCACCUUCUGGGGUAAUGACGGCUACAUCCUCAUGUCCACGCAGGACAACAACUGCGGGGUGGCGACCGCGGCAACGUACCCGGUCCUGGCCUGAUCUCCUGGAUCAGAGGGAAGCGAGCUGGCUUCAGGCUGCUGGUCCUUAGCAGUCUGCCGGGCCUGCGCGUUAUCUGUGCUUGCUUGUGCUCUGGACGGGACCGAGCUGGGCUGCUUUAGCGCCUGAUGCUGCGUGGGCCUAGGUGUGACAUUGCAGUCUAUAUCAUUUUAUAAAAAUAUGCUAAUGAGGGCAUAUAAUGUAACUAGAAUAUGCUUCAUGCAGAAGGCCUCUUGUAAGAU